AGUAGGUCGCGCGGCCGCCCUCCACAGCAAGAGACCAGCCGCCCGAGGCUCCUCCCCGCGCCCGUGGGCGCCGCCAUGUUGGGGGUCCUUAGCGGGGGCUCGUAGGCGUCCGCACAAGGUGCCUGCCCGCACGUGCCGCGGCUCCCAAGAUGGCGUCCAUGCGGGAGAGCGACACGGGCCUGUGGCUGCACAACAAGCUGGGCGCCACGGACGAGCUGUGGGCGCCGCCCAGCAUCGCGUCCCUCCUCACAGCCGCCGUCAUCGACAACAUCCGCCUCUGCUUCCACCGCCUCUCGUCGGCGGUGAAGCUCAAGCUCCUGCUCGGGACCCUACAUCUCCCGCGCCGUGCAGUGGACGAGAUGAAGGGUGCCCUCCUGGAGAUCAUCCAGCUCGCCUCCCUGGACUCGGACCCCUGGGUAUUCAUGGUUGCUGACAUCUUGAAGUCCUUUCCUGACACUGGGUCGCUGAACCUAGACCUUGAGGAGCAGAACCCCAACGUCCAGGAUAUUCUGGGAGAACUUAGAGAAAAGGUGAGUGAGUGCGAGGCAUCGGCCAUGCUGCCGCUGGAGUGCCAGUACCUGAACAAGAACGCCCUGACCACACUAGCUGGGCCGCUCACGCCGCCUGUGAAGCACUUCCAGCUCAAGCGCAAGCCCAAGAGUGCCACACUGCGCGCCGAGCUGCUGCAGAAGUCCACAGAGACCGCGCAGCAACUGAAGAGGAGCACGGGGGUCCCGUUCCAUGCCAAGGGCCGAGGGCUGCUGCGCAAGAUGGACACGACAACACCGCUCAAAGGCAUCCCGAAGCAGGCACCUUUCCGGAGCCCCACGGCGCCCAGCGUCUUCAGCCCCGCUGGGAACCGGACCCCAAUCCCACCAUCCAGGACCCCACUGCAAAAGGAGAGGGGCGUGAAGCUCCUGGAUAUCUCUGAGCUGGGUAUAGUGGGCGCCGGCCGUGAGGCCAAGCGGCGGAGGAAGACGCUUGAUGCAGAAGUGGUGGAGAAGCCGGCCAAGGAGGAGACGGUUGUGGAGAAUGCGACCCCAGACUAUGCGGCUGGCCUGGUGUCCACGCAGAAACUUGGGUCUCUGAGCAGCGAGGCUGCACUGCCAUCCACCAGCUACCUGCCCUCCACGCCCAGCGUGGUCCCUGCAUCAUCCUAUGCCCCCAGUGCCGAGGUACCCUCAGCCCCAUCAGCACGAGAAUCCAGCCUACAGGCCGGCCGGCCGCCCGAGGAGCCCGGCACCCCAAGCCCCACGCUGCCCACACAGUUCAAGCAGAGGGCUCCCAUGUACAACUGCGGACUGGGCCCAGCUGCGCCGGCGCCUGCAGCCCCCACCUCACCCUUGACGCCCAGCACGCCACCAGCCACGGCUCCUGCCGCCCAGACACCUCCUGUGGCCAUGGUGGCCCCGCAGACCCAGCCCCCUGCCCAGCCCCAGCCUAAGAAGAACCUGUCUCUCACGCGAGAGCAGAUGUUCGCCGCGCAGGAGAUGUUCAAGACAGCCAACAAGGUCACACGGCCCGAAAAGGCCCUCAUCCUGGGCUUCAUGGCAGGCUCCAGAGAGAACCCGUGCCAGGAGCAGGGAGAUGUGAUCCAGAUCAAGCUCAGCGAGCACACAGAAGACCUGCCCAAGGCUGACGGCCAGGGCAGCACCACCAUGCUGGUGGACACGGUGUUUGAGAUGAACUACGCCACGGGCCAGUGGACUCGCUUCAAGAAGUACAAGCCCAUGACCAACGUGUCCUGAGGCCCUGCUGCCUUCCAGCCCCAAGGGACAGCAAGUGGCCACCCAUGCCCUGCUGGCUCUGGCCUAUUUAAGUCUUAGAUUGUUUCUCUGGGGUGUUUGGGGAUUAUUUUUAUAUUUUACUAUGGGUUACUUUUGUGUGAUCAGGAUACUUUUUUGGAUUCAAUAUUACAUUUUUGAAUGUUAAAGUUAAGCAAAAAAGGUAGUGCCUGUUAGACUUUUACCUUUCUAAUUUUUUCUUAAACGCAUUCUACUGACUGUGAGCAAGGGCUUUUCUUGCUGCUUUUGCUGCCUUCCUCAUGAGACUGAGGGAACCAGAGGUGGCACCUGGUUAAUGCCAGUGCCUGCCAGUUUGGUAUUCGUCUUUUGUUCCGUAGUGCACACGCGUGCCCUGUCUCUGGGGACCUACCCCCAUGUGAUUAAAGUGGAGCUGUUCUACAGGAAGCUGCAAGGCUGUGUUUUAGGCCAGGCAACCAGCCCUUGUAUCUCUUCCUGGGUGAUUGCGGGAAGCCAGGGGGAUGGAGGGAGGGAGGGUCACCAGCUACAGGGUAGGAACACAGCCCCCUUGACCCAUUUCGCCUCCAGUGGGAACCUGGGAAACCGUUGCAGUACUGGGAAUUGAGCCUAGAGAGCAACAAGCUUCAUCCACAGACUAAUUUCAUCUUGGUUUGGUUGUCCAGGCUGGCCUCAAAUUUGGUGAUUCUCUUGCCUCAGCCUCCCAAGUAUUUGGGAUUACAAACAUGUGCCACCACCCCCAGCCACACUAGUUUUGAAGGGAAAAAAGCAUUCUCCCAAAACUAGCACCCCACUGUAUUUGCUGCAUAUAUUACACUUCCCAAGGCAGGGACUCAGGAAAAGGAUGGGAACCCUCCUCCCACCCCAAGCCUGGUUCCUGGGAAUUCAGAGCCCUCAGGAAAUGGGGAGAUCAGAGCACAGCCCUGUAUGAAAUAAGUCUUAACAAAAAGGCCUUUAAAAUGCUUUUAAUACAAAAAUACUCAUACACAAUCUUCCAAACACAAAUUUCCACUUUAAAUGCUAUUUCCCCUCAACUGGCAAUUCUCGAAUCUAUUUCAGUAUAUCCCCCCUCCCCCAAAAAGGUGAAUUUCAAGUUUUAAAAUCUAACUAUGAGACCUGGUGAUAGCACCCAGUGUUCCGGAAGGAACCUGACCUUCUGUCCUGUGGGACUGGGACACAGCAAGCACACUGAACAUGUUGGGUUUCUGAGGGUGUGGUGACACAGCACAUGCAGCACCACUCCUGACAGUCACCAGGACACUGCUCAGAAUGCAGCUGGCGGUGGCUCGUGGUAUCUAUAAUUCCUAAAAAUCAGGUAGUUCUGCAGGCAGGCACUGUGCACUUAGGCAUGGUUCACUGGAAAUGCCAGCCUGAGUGUGCCUGGGAUGUGGAGGUGCUGGGCAGCAGCCCAGGCAGAGCAGGAGGGCUGGGCCCUAUCCCCUGCUCCCACCAGAGGCCCUCCACGGAGACCAUGUGCCAGCCACUGUGGCAUGGUCAGUGACUCAGCCCUUCAGCCCUGAUGCAGAGUCCUGGGGUGCUGGGCAGCUGGCAUGGCUUUGCUUCACAGUAAUGACAAGGACCAAAGCUGGUAUCCAGUCACCAGACACACCCCCCCACCCCGCGCAGCCUCCCAGGCACUCAGAGCCCUGGCCCGGCCACCACCCCAAGCUGGUGCCCCCACCCCCAGCGGGAAAGGCCCUUGUACCUUGGACACCCAAGGCCUUGGACUCAAGAUUUCCAAACUGGUCUAAUAAAGAUUUUCAAAGUUA